GGGACGGCUGUGCCGGGCUCUGGCAGGCUCCUGGCAGCAUGGCAGGGAAGCUGGGAUCCUUCCUGCUGGUCCUUGUGCUCAGCCUGGCUCAGCCAGUCUCCACCCGCCGGAAGCUUCUGGUGUUUCUACUGGAUGGUUUUCGCUGGGACUACAUCAGUGAUGAGGCUCUGGAAUCAUUGCCUGGUUUCAAAGAGAUUGUGAGCAGGGGAGUCAAAGUGGAUUACCUGACUCCUGACUUUCCCACCCUCUCGUAUCCCAAUUACUACACCCUAAUGACUGGGCGCCAUUGUGAGGUCCAUCAGAUGACUGGAAACUACAUGUGGGAUCCCCAAACCAACAAGUCUUUUGACAUUGGUGUCAACAGAGACAGCCUGAUGCCUCUCUGGUGGAAUGGAUCAGAACCUCUGUGGGUCACUCUGAUUAAAGCCAAAAGGAAGGUCUACAUGUACUACUGGCCAGGCUGUGAGGUUGAGAUUCUUGGUGUCAGACCUACUUACUGCCUAGAAUAUAAAAAUGUCCCAACGGAUAUCAAUUUUGCCAAUGCAGUCAGUGAUGCUCUUGACUCAUUCAAGAGUGGCCGAGCUGACCUGGCAGCCAUAUACCAUGAGCGUAUCGAUGUGGAAGGUCACCACUAUGGUCCCUCAUCACCUCAGAGGAGAGAUGCCCUCAAGGCCGUGGACAUUGUCCUGAAGUACAUGAUCCAGUGGAUCCAGGAGCGGGGCCUGCAGGACGACCUGAAUGUCAUCAUUUUCUCAGAUCAUGGAAUGACGGACAUCUUCUGGAUGGACAAAGUCAUUGAGCUGAGCGAGUAUAUCAGCCUGAAUGACCUGCAGCAAGUGAAGGACCGAGGGCCCGUCGUGAGCCUGUGGCCGGCCCCUGGGAAGCACUCUGAGAUAUAUGACAAACUGAGCCAAGUGGAACACAUGACUGUGUAUGAGAAAGAAGCCAUACCAAGCAGGUUCUAUUACAAGAAAGGGAAAUUUGUCUCUCCUUUGACUCUAGUGGCCGAUGAAGGGUGGUUCAUAGCAGAGAGUCGAGAGAUGCUUCCGUUUUGGAUGAACAGUACAGGCAAGCGGGAAGGCUGGCAGCGUGGAUGGCAUGGAUAUGACAACGAGCUCAUGGACAUGAGGGGCAUCUUCCUGGCCUUUGGACCUGAUUUCAAAUCCAACUUCAGAGCUGCUCCAAUCAGAUCCGUGGAUGUCUACAAUGUCAUGUGCAACAUGGCAGGCAUCUCCCCACUGCCCAAUAACGGGUCCUGGUCCAGGGUGGUAUGCAUGCUGAAGGACCCGGCCAGCUCAGUUCCCUCUGUCCAGCCGAGCAACUGUGCGUUGGCCUUCAUUCUCCUCCUCCUGUUCGCACAUUGAUCAUAUUGUUUGUCCCCAAAAUGGUGUUGGCAAAGUGUGCCUCCAAUGUGGAAUGUUUCUCAAUUUCUGUGUGAAUAAUAGCUUCAUUAACACAAUCAAGGCCAUAUACAUUUUCAAUAUAUUGUUCUAUGAUACUUCUACACAUAAAAGUCCAAUACUUUUUUUUUUAAUGUUCCAAAUUUUGUUUUUCCUGAAAGUAGGUAAAUCCUAUGUUCUCAUUUGUCUAAUUUUACACAGUUUUCUCCUUUCUUUUCAAAUAGUUGCUCAAGAUAAGCUAUUUGAGCAGUGGCCUGCCCUGAAGCAGCCAAACUUGGAGCAAAUAGUCUGUGGUCAUCCUGGCCCCUCUCUGUCCUGCCUUGCACAAAAUAGCUUCUCAGACCAGGCCCUUUAUUUGUUCCCUGUCCACACUCAGGAGCCAUCCUUGAGGUCUGUGACCACAUCCUGUACUGAUCCUUCCAUUCCAAAAAGGAGGAGGUCUACACGAAAGUAAUAUCUUCUGUUUCUAACCCAGCUUAUGGAGUUCCAGGAAGGACAUAUCGUAGCAGGGAUCAUCCAUCAACCAACAAAAAACACUGAGGGUUGUAGAACUCAUAGAACAAGGUGACAGACCUGGGUCCCCUCCCAAAGUCUUAGUGCACAAUACUUUCUCCCUCCUCUUGAAGAGAAGAAAAGCUAGAAGAGAUGUGGGUUUCCAUGAGAUUUAUCACACAGAACAUCAUGGUAUGAAGCCUUGGGAAUAGCAGACCCUCAAGUUAAAGGAGUGAUGGAAUGCCUGCCCACCCCCUGCCCUAUCUGCCCAUAGGACAACUUCUUCAAAUACCACCACUCUUUGGCUCCUGAUUUGGGGCAUUGAGCAUAGUCAAUAUCUGGCAUGCCAAUAUGGAGCGGGCAAAGAGAUGGGUGGGUGCCUCACUGACGAGAAUGUGAACAUGCUUGCAGAAAUCUUACUUCAUUUCUUGGACUGGUGACACAUUAAACAUAAGCUUCAUGCACAAGUAACCCUGAAGCAAUACUUGCUUGACAGCCACAAAGGAAAUCCUUGAAUGACACAGAAUUCCAAAGAAAAUGGUGGGGUGCAGGAAUGGGGAGAGCCUCAUGGAGCCAGAUCCCAGUCACUGACCAACUAGCCAUUUGAUUAGGAAACAAAUGUCAAAGUGGAGGUCAAGGUGCCACCUCAGAGAUCCAAGUUUUGUUGAAAUGCCUGAGACCAGUCCCUGAGCCUGAGUUAAUAUAUAUUUUAGUGUAGUCACCUAAGUUUGCUGUAGGAGAUCUUCAAACGAUUCCUGUAUUUUUAAAUGAUUAGACUCUCGUAUAUAUAGAUAGCCCCCAUACAUGAUGGUUCGACUUAAUGACUUUUGACUUUACGAUGAUGUGAAAGCAGUACAUAUUUAGGAGAAAUCAUCCUUGGGAUAUUGAACUUGAAUCUUUUCCCAGGCUAGUAAGAUGAUGCUGAGUGGCAGCUUCCAGGCAGCCACGUGGUCAUGGGGGUAAACAACUGAUACCACGAGGUUCAGCAGGUUUGGUGUAUUAAAUGUUUUUUUUUUUUUAAACUCACUGAUGUAUUUAACUUAUGAUGAGUUUAUCAGAAUGAGACCCACCUUAAGUCAAGGAGAAUCUGUAUAUAAUUUCUAGUAUUGCUUUUAAAAUAAGUUUCCAUUAAGAUGAAGUACACCUGCACGUGAGACUCUGUCAGGAGGACAAUACCUCACAUCUGCUCAGGACAAGGAAGUUCUUAUAAGGUAAUUAUCUUGAGAAAUGAAUGUCAAGCCUCGCCUGAUUCAGGAAGAUGGGGAGGCUUCUCCGUGCUCAUGAAAGCAAAGGAUUGCUACUUCAAAAUACUGAAUUUUUCUGCACAAAAGAUUUCUAAGGAUUUUUGGAAUAUGUUUUUAAAACUCCAGCAAACAUUGACUCAAUCGGAAAGGAGGCAAAUCAGCCUUUGUGGUGUGGCUGAAAACAAAUAGUACUUUCAGAACAUCGGUGCUGGUUGUGGAGACAGACAUCUGUUGUUCGAAAUUUGCUCUCUCCUUAAAGGAAGAUGCUCUGCUGAAUUCUAUGGAGCCCACUUCCUGCGCUGUGAAGAAGGAUCUCUAAGAGGUAUCCAAGCAAUUAAAUUAAAAGCACAUCCUCAAAAUCAAGAGGGGAUAAGCAUGUACACAGUAUUGUGCCUCCCUUUCUGGUUCUGUUCUUCCCUUUCUCCCCUGUACUCACCCUUAAAAGCUUCAAAUCACAUAACAAAAUUUCAGCUAUUUUUCUGACAAGGUGUAAUUUCUCAAUAAAUAAUGUUGCAUAAAUGAAAGAAAAUAAGACACCAAAGGAAUCGUGAGUACUGGUAAAUAAUAAAAAAAAAAAAAAUUCAGACUCUGAAUGGGAAAAAAAAAAUUAUUUGUCAAAUAAUCCAUCCAGUUUAGUGGCUUAAUUACUGGCUCAAAUUUAUUUCCUUUAUUUUUGUUUUAAAGAUGCAUUAUUUUCCCCAGAAAAAUUCCACUUUUCUAAGUACGUUUUGUUCCAUAGGUGUAAAAUCUGUUAGGAACAGGUAUACACAUUUCCCUCCUUGGAUUAUUUUCUGAAUUUUCUGCUAAUUCCAGGAGGAAGAAAGCUGUCUUGACCUCCAAGGAUAAAUGAAAGGAAUGUUCUGUAAACUGAAGAUGAGAUGAAGGGUAACUUUAUCCACACAGGUACCUAAUCUCCAGACUCAAUUCCGUUAAGGCCUGAAGACCUAAGCAUAAACUAGAAGAGGCCCAGGGAAUUCUUUUUAGCAUAGGAGUCACUUUUAAAAGGCCCUCAGAAAUCCAAAUCAGGUCUGAGUUCUGUCACAGACAAUACUUGGCAAAAUUUCUGGCCUGUCAAGCACCAUCUGACCCACCACAGCAGUUGGAGGUUCAGAAGACCUGGGAUAGGACUCAGACAACAUUUUUAAUCACACUGAUCCAAGGUUUGGGUUUUCUCUGGGGAGAGAUGAGUUCUAACUUGAACCUAAGGACCUGAGUCCCCCAAAAACUAUUUCAUAAUUUGUGAGUUUCUCCAGAGUCACUGGGCUGACAUUGGCUACCUAUCCCAGUUGAUCUGGCGUCUAGCCCUCCCAAACCAAAGUAGAUGUGUAAACCCUAAUGAUCGAGGGAAGAACCAAAAAGGCCCACUCCUUGUGGCUCUAAGAUUCCUGAUGGUGCUAUCAAACAAGUUUGGACACUAUUCAAGACACACAGCUAUUUGAUGGAUUUUUCCAACAAAGUUUUUUGCAUUUAUGUAAAUAUCAAGAGAUUCCAAAUGUGAUUGUGUGUUUUAUCUCUUUAAGCAAUUUGUGAAAGACCAAAGUCAGCUUUUGUAAACUACCUGCUAGAAAAAAGGGAGGCAAUAGCCUUAACAGACUGGUUUUAAAACAUUUGAAACUCAUCUCAGGUAUAUGCUAUAGAAAAUAGACCAUGUUGCUUUGAAAUCAUGAAGCAGCACCUACUAUAGUGCCAUAAAUGUUUAACAAAUUCCCAUAAAUGUGUGUUGAAUGAAAAUAAUAAUAAAUGUCAUUAGGGAGACUUGUUGCAUCAUCAGAUAUCCUCUCUCUUUUUAUGUUCCUCUAAUUAAAUGAAUUUUCCACCUUUUCCUUGCUAUCUUUUCUUGUUAUCCAACGGACAAUACAAUUUUACCUUAAUUCAUGGACUAAACAUAUUUUAUCCCAGGCUUAUAAGUUAGAUGGAUGGACAAAAGGGGGGAUUUGAUAUCAAGCAUCUUGAUUCUUCAAAAAUGUAAUAGCUCUGAGACUGAAAUUAUACACUGUACAAUGCAUCCAUUUAAAGUGGGCAAUUCAAUGGAUUUUCACAUGUUCAUGGUUAUGCAACCAUCACACAAUAACUUUUAGAAACUUUUUCUCACCCCAACUCUAAAACCAUUAAUACACAGCAGUCACUCCCCACCCUCUUCAUAAACAAGCACUAAACUACCUUCUGUCUCAGCAGAUUUGCCUAUUCUGAAUAUUUCAUAAAAAAAUGGAAUACCAUAAUAUGACUUCUUUCACUCAGCAUAAUCUUUUCAAGAUGAUAACUUGAAUCCCUACUUCAGUUCUUUUAUUUAUAAAUAGUAUUCCAUUGUAUGGAUAUGCCACAAUUUAUUUAACUAUGCAUCCGUGGAUGAACGUUUUUAUUUUUUCUGACUUUUUAGAUAUUAUAAAUAGCACUUCUCUGAACACUCAUGUACAUGUGUUUAGGUCACGUUUUUUUUUUUCAUUUCUCUUGGUAAUCCACCUAGGAGUAGAAUUUCUGAGUCAUGGCAACUUCACGUUGAUCUUCUGAGUAAUUGCUAUUUUCCAAAUUGGCUUCCCAUUUUCAUCCCCACCAACAAUAUCUCUACAUCCUUAUCAGCACUUGCGAUUAUCUUUUCUUUUUGAUUACAGCCAUCCUAAUAAGUAUGAAAUGGUAUCUUGCUGUGGUUUUCUUCAUAUGUGUUUCUCUGAUGAUGAAUCAUGUUGAACAUUUUUUCAUGUGCAUGUUGGUCAUCGGUACAUUUUCACUGGAGAAAUGUUUAGUCAUAUCCUUUGCCC